GACAUUUGCAGUUCAGCGCGAACUCUAUCCGCACCUCUGAUGGCUCGCACACUUCCACCAGUGCCUCCAUCUACCAACCCUCAACUCUUCCUCUCUCAUUGCUACAGAUAAAUGGAAUAAUUGAACUAGAACUUGAACUGAAUUUUUCUCUGGCACGAACAUGUUUUACUCUCAUCAGCUUCUUGCUCGAAAGGCUUCACUCGGUCAAAUAUGGAUGGCUGCGACUAUGCACGCAAAGAUAAACCGAAGAAAGCUGGACAAGCUCAACAUCAUCAAAAUUUGCGAAGAGAUUCUGAACCCAUCGAUUCCUAUGGCUCUUAGACUCUCUGGAAUUCUCAUGGGAGGAGUAGUGAUUGUCUAUGAGAGAAAAGUGAAGAUCCUCUAUGAUGACGUUACGCGCUUUCUGGUUGAGAUAAAUGAAGCCUCGAAGGUAAAGGCUGUCCCAGAUCCUACAUUGCUCCCCAAGAAAAAAUCUAAAGCCAAGAGAGAGGCUGUUACUCUGCCAGAGAACAGUGAGGUAAACAUGGCACAUAUGGAACAGUCCCUUCAGUUUUCCAACACAGGCACCACAAACGGAUUCCAACAUAACGCUUAUUUUACUAUGCGACUUGAUACGGUGGACGAACCCUUCACUAGUAACGGAGCAAGAGAGGAUGAAGAUCCUUCAGUAUUUCUCCAUCAAGCUGAAGCGGAGAACAUUACCUUAUUCGAUCGCUUUGAAACAUUCCAAGCUACUGCAGAUCCAUUCAAUCGCUUUGAGAGAUUUGAUAUUGAAGGAGAUGAGGAAACACAGGUAAACCUGACAUCAGAAGAUCAAAUUCCAACCAUGCUUAUACCCUCUCCACCUCAUCAAGAUGAACCCACAAGAGCCGAUACAAAUGAAGUCCAUCUUCCUGGACACCCGGUCAAUGAGCAAUGUAAUAAAGACAUGAUACCUAGAAGGCGAGGACCGAAUAAAAGGAAAAGAGGACAACCACCGGCUUUUGUAAUGGAUUAUGAGCAAACUAUUAUUCCUGUUCACAUAUAUCAACAUUGGCUUCAGAAUGCCUCUGAUAUUGUCUCACAAAGAAGAAGAAAGAAAAAGCAACCUAAUGUCAUGUCUGCAACAAAGAUAGCCAACCUCAUGAAGCUUCCACCCGUUGUGCUAAUUGGUGAUUUAUUUACUCGUGAAAAUAAUGAUAUAUAUUAUCCAAAACCUAUUCUUGACUUAUGGAUUAAGAGCAAUCAAGCGCCCCAUGAUUCACCUUCAGAAAGGAUUUCAGCACAUCAUCCUCCAGAACCAUCAUUUUCAUCGCCUCCAGUAGUACAGAAUGAAGAUUUCAUGCAAUUUGCUUUUGAAGAUUUUGACAGUGGGCUAGACAACCAGGCACCUCCAGUAGAGAAGCAACGAAAAAAUAUCCUCAUGGAUGAACUGACGGGUAGCCUUUUGAGAGGGCCUGAAGCUACUCCACAGGUUUCAUCAGUGAAAGCUGGAGAUGGUGGACAUUCCUUUCCAAGACCAGCGUCUGAACAUGGUCCUUCCUCACUUUCAGACUUUGAUUCGGGAAGAUUCAAAAAGAAGAGGUAUUCAUCAUCUGGAAACAGCAGUGGAGGCCUUGAGCCUCUAGCUGAGGAUGUGAAUUUCAAGUUAGAUAGGCUGUAUGAAGAUGGUCCCACACCUGAUCAAGAACUCCUUGUGGAAACAGGACGCACGCAAACACAAGUAGACAUCAAUCAACCUAGUGACAAGAUAACCGAUUCCAUCCAAGCACAGAUGAAGGCACAUUUUGACACGCCUGGAGCCCAUCCAGUUGAAUCACUUGAUAACCUAGCCGCUGGAAUGACCCGGGCAUCAGCAGCAAAACUUUUUUAUCAAAUUUGUGUUCUUGCUUCCCGCGAUGCACUGAAAGUUGAGCAAAAGGUGUUUUAUGGGGAGAUUCUGUUCACUAGAGGAUCAAAGAUGUGAUGAAGGUUUGGUUCCCCUUCCUUAUGCAGCUUGUUUUCUUUAUCAGCAACCGGUAUUGAUGUUUAAUUUAGGAAAUGCAAUCAUUAUUCAAAAUAUACGCAACGUGUCUGGAUUUUCCAAAAUGCAAAUAGUCAUUGCUAGGAUUAAAAAAAAAAAAAUAUUAGAAGAUUUUUUUUUCCCCUCUCCAACAAUGUCCAAUGAAAUUUCCAUGAAAUUAUGAGUUCUCCAUUCCUCUGUCCACUGUUCUCCAUUUCUAGUUUAUCCAAAUUGUCACUGCUUGGCAUCACUUUCAACAUUCAGGUUAAUUGAAAAUUA